GCUCUUGUCUCAGCUCACUGCUGUGCCUCUAACCUCUUGUCUCAGCUCACUGCUGUGCCUCUAACCUCUUGUCUCAGCUCACUGCUGUGCCUCUAACCUCUUGUCUCAGCUCGCGGCUGUGCCUCUAACCUCUUGUCUCAGCUCACUGCUGUGCCUCUAACCUCUUGUCUCAGCUCACUGCUGUGCCUCUAACCUCUUGUCUCAGCUCACUGCUGUGCCUCUAACCUCUUGUCUCAGCUAACUGCUGUGCCUCUAACCUCUUGUCUCAGCUCACUGCUGUGCCUCUAACCUCUUGUCUCAGCAUCGCUCAGCUCUGAGAUGAAGACUUCAAUUAUUGUGGCCCAGGGAGCCCUGAUGGCCCUGGUGGCCCUGGUGGCCCUUGUGGCCCUCACUGCAGCACGACCAGAGGGUGUUCUUGACUUCGAGGGGGACAGUCACCAACACUCACAGAAGGGGGAGCCGGGCAACAAGGUCGAAGGCUCGUAUAGUUGGACGUCUCCCGAAGGUAUCGAGUUUUACGUCAAGUACGUUGCUGACGAAGAUGGGUACCGGGUGCUGGAGUCCAACGCCGUUCCCGUGAGUUCCUGGGGAGCCAAGGCCGAUGGCACCCAGGGGUCCUUCCAGGACUACGAGACUGAAACAUAGUCCAAGUACUGACCUUCUCAAAGACUCCAGGAUGACUACGAUGACAGGAAUGUCGCUUCACGAUGCUGUUUUGGACUCCUCCAAGACCUGGACAACUGAUAACCUAGUUGAUGACCUGGCGAUGACCUGGCGAUGACCUGGCUUUCUCGGGAGAUGUUACCCUGAUGAGGACUACUUUAGAAUCCCCCAGGACCUCAUCAAGUGAUAACCUUGCUGAUGACUUGUCUAUCACUAUCAUAACAAUGACGAGCUUUGCAACGCGUCUAUUACCAGGAACUGUUGAUAAGUGACGCCCUUGUGCAACAAUGAUUGCAGUGAUAGUAGGUAGUUAGUGACCUCGUUCGUCUGUAAACACAAUAUAUAUCUGUGGUGGUGAUAUGUAAAUCAAUAAUGAUGCAA